AUGGUGUCUGAAAUGUAUACUUUCACUGAGUUACGCUGUACUAGUCCCAUCAACUGUAACACAGCUCUUCCGGUUACCUGGAUUACUAGUUACACUGUCCUAGUCCCAUCAACUGUAAUAGAGCUCUUCCGCAGGCCGACAAAGAAGCAGAACCAGAAUGAAGAACUUUGCAGCAACAGGCUGAGGCUCUUGCAGUUCCCAGAUUAUUCUCAAGAUUAUAGCAUUGAAAAUGUAAGCACCCUUCCUCAUAAUGACACUUCCGAUGUGUAUCCUGACCAGACAUGUUCAGGGAUAUCUGCAGGAACUGGAGAAGACCUUAUACACUUUCGGAUGGUCUUCAUGUCAGUGAUCUACAUAAUAGUCUUCUUUUUGGGUAUGGUAGGCAAUGGGCUUGCUGCUUUUAUAAUGGUUCGCUACAAGCAGUUCAGAAGCAUCACUGAGAACUACCUAUUUCACCUGGCACUGGCAGACCUGCUCCUGGUGUCCACCUUUCCAUUUAUUGUGACACAGACCAUCACAGGCUGGAUCUUUGGGCAAUUUCUCUGCAAAGUCAUUAACUCCCUAUACAAAAUCAGCUUCUAUUGCUGCAGUCUACUGCUGGGCUGCAUUGGUUUUGAUCGCUACACCUCCAUUGUGCUUGCCAUUCAGAAGUACAAGAAACGCAAAGCAAAAUCUGUCCAUAUUACAUGUGCAUUUGUCUGGUUCCUGUGUCUGUUACUUAGCCUGCCUGAAUUACACUUCUAUGACCUGACCACAAAGGACAAUAAAAGCAGGUGCUACUUUAAUAAUCCAGACUGGUGGUUAAUAACACGUUUCAUAUAUCACAUCAUUGGCUUCUUCAUUCCCUUGGCAGUUAUGUGCUACUGCUACUCUAUGAUUAUCAAGACCUUAUGUGGUUCCCAACAGUUUGAGAAGCAGAGAGCAACGAAGGUUGCACUUCUGGUUACUGGAGUGUUCUUUAUCUGUUGGAUCCCGUACAACAUCUCUAUCUUCUUAGAAACUCUGACGACCUUUGGCAUCCUCAACCAUGAUUGCAGCUUACUGUCUGCAAUUGUGGUGACAGAGAGCAUUGGAAUGCUGCACUGCUGUCUUAACCCUUUACUGUACGUCUUCACUGGAGUACGGUUUCGAAACCAUCUGUUCCAGAUAUUUGUAGAUGCUAGAUGUCUCAGUAAAGAGUCGAAGGAAAAACUGAUGAAAGGCAAACACCAAGGAAGCAGCUCUGAUUCUGAAAAUGGUACCUCUGUCACCAUAUUCUGAGCAUUACUUCAUCUUCCACCAGUGCAUAAUGCCAGCCACACAAUCAUUCUAUUUUAGAGUUUACACAAGAAUGCUUUGUAAGCCCUGCAUAAAAUGUUACUGCAGUUAGCACAUAUCACUGCUGAAAAUUAAUCUGAUUGUUACUUGUACUUUAUGGACCAAGUAAAGCUACGGGCAGUAAUACUACCAAGUUCAGUGUUCUGUAUGGGAAAUGUCAUGUGUGGAUUGGUUGCCCUAUGUGUAAACAACAUGGGUAUUAAUAUCACUCCAGUUCAAUAUAUCACUUGGUUUGCAUUAUUUUUAAUUGUACAAUGAUUCUAAUUCUAAGUGAGUAUAUAACUUUCUUCUGCAGCGCACUGAGCUAUCACCACAGGUUUGGAGUAAGGUAGCUAAGCAUCUUUCAGCAUUCUUAAAUGUCAUGUUAUGACAGGAAGUAUCGGUGUAAGCUUGUUGAUGAAGCUGGAGAAGAUUUAUGGCUGUAGAGUUUUACUGCACAUUCUUAAAAUGAGAAAACUAUAAAAGAAGGACAGUUGUUUAAUCACAGCAUGUGACGAAUCAUAAAAAAUUGAGUUUUUCCUUUAUUUUAAACUUGAAAAUCCAGUAGGGAAUUCACACUCUGAGACAGUAAGUGCAUAACAUGCAAAAAAUAACAAUUAAAAACAGAAUACAACAAAUUCAAGUAACACAUGAAUAGACAACAUCCUGAGCAUGUAACAUCUGAAAUGUAUUGCUUUCAUAUCAACAAAUGACUCUUGGAAAUGCAUUGAUAUGUAUUCUUUGUAGUAUUGAUAAAAUGUAUAUUCUCAUCCUGCAAAAUUGCUUUAUGAUAAGAAGUAAUUCUGUAUCUGCAUGGGACAUUUAACCUGAUUCCAUGGUGGAGGUAAUUGCAGAACAUAGUGAGACAGCUUGUGAUUGUGCAUUUUAUAUAAAUAUUUUGCAGAAAUAAAUAAUGAGUAUAAAUGGCAAUGGCAAUUUAUUUGAAUUACAUCAAUUACUUGAGAACAAUGGGUAAUUUGAAAAUAUGAAUAAUAUUUAAUGCUGGAUCAUGUAGUACCUCAUGCUUUUGAAAGUUUGGUGCAAGAAAGACCUCUGAGAAGUCAGUAAUCCAAA